AUGGUGGAUCGGCGGAGCACCUCCUUGGAGCAGCACCUGAGGGAUGAGCGGGCAGCGUAUGCCAAUCUCGCUUUGCUGAACAUACAAUUGAGUGCUCUUCUUGAUCGCUUUUAUCGUGAGUGGCGCACGUUAGAGUCCAAGCGGCAGAUGCUUAUCGACGAGUUGGAGCAUCAUAGCCGUGUUAUUCGGGAGCAUCGAAGACAUUUGGAGUUGACUUUGUUUCCACCAGAGGUGCGAGCAUGGGUGCAGGCUGCAUUGCCCGAAGAGGAGGCAGCCUUGGAGGAAGAUGACACAAAACUGGAUGCAUUUUAUGAACCUUUUUCCGACACUUUGUGCUCAAAUCUCCCUGCCACAGGAAAGACACGGGUAGUGUUUGAGGAAGCCAUCACACGACAGGUUGUGUGCUGGGAGGAGAUGAACGGCGCUGUCGCGGAGUACAGGGAGCGACCGGCUCCGUCACGUUUGACGCGGGUUAGCCCUCAACCAGGACUUUUGUUACACUCGUGUUUUUUACCGUAUAGGAGACCGCAAACAGCUGAAUUGUGUCGUCGAGCUGUGGGCGGAGAUGUUGUCGUCAUGAAGAGCCCCGAACCGAGUGUAGGCCGUGUACUUGUCUCCAUGCAUGUUGUUCACCGCGGUGACACCAUCAUGGUGGAAACCCCGCUCUUUACUUCUCCUACGACAACAUACGAGGGAGAUUGUUAUGUGGAGUGUCUUCCGCCAGCUAUUCGGGAUGCCAUGAAUGUGGUUUUGCAUCAGUCCAAUGUCUUUGCGGCACAAGGGUGGGAUACACGUCUUAUUCGCCCAUUCUAUGAAUGGUUAACGGAGUUGGUGUUUGGUGAGAAGCGAGAUGAGUUUGCGCAGCGAUGGGAGGAACUUGGCUGCCCGGUGGAAGAUGCUGAUCCCACAUUCCUUUCAAAAUUGUCUGAUCUAGCACACUUCUUGUGGAUGAGUCUUCCGUUCUCACUUUCAUCAGUGGUGGCGAGUGAGGAGCGCGUGCUUUUAUUUUUUGUAGCCCUUAUAACUAAUGCCAUGAGCUACGGUGGGGGCAUCUUGGCUGAGGAAGACAACGUUUACGACGUGGCAAACGGUCUUUGUUUUGCCCCUCUUGAGGCACGACUGAGCAUUUUUGGAGGAAUUUCGUUGAUUGAGCACAGUUGUCAGCCCAAUGCAGUGUUAGUGUUUCGCCAUGGAUGCGCUCCAGAGAGCACUGUUUUCGCCGAGUUGCGGGCCACGCGUACGAUCGCGAUUGGGGAGCGCAUUACGAUUGCGUAUUUGCCAACGUUUCUUCCAAGGGAGGAUAGGCAGAAGCAGUUGCGAGGCAAAUUUUUUUUUUCAUGUGCUUGCGAGCAGUGUACCACAGGGUUCGAUACAACGCGGAUGAUGCUUGCCUCAAGUGAGUCACGCGAAGAAAGAGUAGUCAUGUGUCCAAAGGGCCACGGGGCGGAGUGGACGCUGUGGAUGUUGAGUUUGCAUCCCUCGGUGCACGGCUUGAGGGAGCUCGGGAAGUCAUACCGCUACGAUGACGCCCAUGUCCUGGAUGCCAUCCACGACGAGGCAGUGUUUCGAGAAGAGUUGAAUACCACAGACAUGGGAAGCCUGGAUGCUCUGGCGCUGAAUGCAGAAGUGCAACAACUUACGGAGGUGUUGCAUGGUGAAGCAAAAAGCAGGAUUGUUCCACUUCACCACCUCUUUCUGCUUCGAGCACUGCAAAUGGCGGCGGUCACUAAGUCCAACUUUUCUCAGUUCAACGUUGACACUACGGAGUCUGUGUUGGUAUUUAUCUGUGAACUGUUGCAGAAGCUGGCAGAGAUAGUCUUUGUCCUGCCUAACUGGUUUACCACGGAGCUUCUUCGUAGUGAGACACCUACUGGUGUGCUUUCUGACGAUCUGGGCGAUCGACUAUUGGAGAGUGGCAGUAACCGUCGGCGUGGCGGGACGCGGCAACCGUGGCAGGAGCGCCUCACUACACAUUCGUUGCUACAUCCGCAUGCUACACUUUUGGUCUCUCUCUUGGAGUAUUACGCCGCACUUCGUGAGAAGGCGGGAAACAUUGAGGCAGCACUAAAUGCAUGGACGGCAUGUGUUAUUUUGCUGCGAUACGGGAUGUGUCAGGGGGCUUCUGAACGCUGCCUUAAAGCUCAGCUGAAGGCUCUGCAAUGCCGUCAGCGACAACAACAACCGCAGCAGAAGGUUUCCGGUUAG